AUGAACAAAUUUUGUAUUCAAAGGGUGCUGCACUUUCGGAAGCGCACAUUGCUAGUCCCGAUAUUGCCGAAAAGGCAGAAAGGAGCAUUCUCCGGUGCUGCACUUGUUCAGGCAACCCCAAGAAGUAUCCAGCCAUAUCUCAGGCUUAUGCGUGUCGAUAAGCCAACAGGUCUGUUUACAGGACUGUUGCCUGAUCCGAAAAUGCUGGCCCUGUUUGGCGCCGGUGCAUUCCUGAUGCGAUCAGCUGGUUGCAUAGUCAACGAUAUAUUCGAUAAAGACUUCGAUAAAAUGGUUGAGCGGACACGUUCAAGGCCACUAGCCAGCGGCGAACUUACUGAUCGUGAUGCCAUCAUGCUGUUAUCAGUUUUGUUAUCUGCAUCAUUGGGAAUAUUGUUGCAGUUCAACUGGCUCAGGUUUGUCCCCUUUGAUCGGAUCCAGGCUUGGGUUUGCCCCCUUUUUCACUCCGGUGAUUCGCCGGGUAUUUAUACUGCCAUCAGGAUUUAG